AUGGAAAGGCAAGAAAGCCCAAAGAGAGAAUGGUCCUUGCGAGACUUCGAGAUCGGAAAACCCCUGGGCAAAGGGAAAUUCGGGCGAGUCUACGUUGCCCGAGAAGCCAAGAGCAAGUAUAUAGUGGCAUUGAAGGUGAUAUUCAAGGAGCAAAUCGAGAAGUAUAAGAUUCAACAUCAGCUGAGGAGAGAGAUGGAGAUUCAGACCAGUCUCAGGCACCCCAACAUUCUUCGCCUCUACGGUUGGUUCCACGACGACGAACGCAUCUUCUUGAUCCUCGAGUAUGCCCAUGGCGGUGAGCUUUAUGGGCUUCUCAGGAAAACUAAUUACCUCUCUGAGAAACAAGCCGCCACUUACAUUCUGAGCUUGACGCAAGCUUUGGCGUAUUGUCACGAGAAGAAUGUCAUUCAUAGGGAUAUAAAGCCUGAAAAUUUGCUUCUGGAUCAUGAGGGUCGACUGAAAAUUGCAGACUUUGGAUGGUCGGUACAGUCCAGAAGCAAGAGACAGACCAUGUGUGGAACUUUAGAUUAUUUAGCACCAGAAAUGGUGGAGAACAGACCUCAUGAUUAUGCAGUUGACAACUGGACUCUGGGCAUUCUUUGCUAUGAGUUCCUCUAUGGUAUUCCUCCCUUUGAGGCAGAAAGUCAAACGGAUACAUUCAAAAGGAUAAUAAAGGUCGACCUAAACUUCCCUUCUGAACCUCAAACUUCAGCAGAAGCUAAACAUCUCAUUACCCGGCUUCUUGUCAAAGACUCCUCAAAGAGGCUCUCUCUUCAGAGGAUCAUGGAACACCCUUGGAUAGUCAAGAACGCCGAUCCAUCGGGUAUCUGCAAAUAG